AUGGUGUUCCCGGGGGCUCCCCGGGCCGGGUGGGUUCUCCCCCGGCGUGGGGGCUCGGGGGCUGACCCUGCUCUGUGUCCCCAGCCGACCUUCCUGGUGGAACUGUCCAGAGUGCUGGCAAACCCAGGCAACAGCCAAGUGGCUCGAGUGGCCGCGGGGCUGCAGAUCAAGAACUCCCUGACGUCCAAGGAUCCCGACAUCAAGGCGCAGUACCAGCAGAGAUGGCUCGCCAUCGACGCCAACGCCCGCAGGGAGGUCAAGAACUACGUGCUGCAGACCCUGGGAACGGAGACGUACCGGCCCAGCUCCGCCUCCCAGUGCGUGGCUGGGAUCGCCUGCGCAGAGAUCCCCAUGAACCAGUGGCCAGAGCUCAUCCCCCAGCUGGUGGCCAACGUCACCAACCAGCACAGCACGGAGCACAUGAAAGAGUCCACGCUGGAGGCCAUCGGCUACAUCUGCCAGGACAUC